UUACCGAAAUAAUAUUUCGAAUAUUGACCAAGGAAGUUUUCAAAGUCUUCAUAGAUUACGGAUGUUAACAUUGGUGCAUAAUAAGAUCGAGAAAGUCGAACGUGGAAUCUUCCAAGGCCUUAACAAUUUACAGCAAUUGUAUCUAAAUGGAAAUAAUAUUUCGAGUAUUGAACAAGGAAGCUUCCAAGGUCUUCCUCGAUUACAGCAGCUAUAUUUGAACAACAACUCAAUACAAAAAUAUGAAGAUGGCGCUUUCUUUUUCCUCCCCAGCAUAGCUGGCAUUAACCUCGAAAACAAUGACCGUAUGGUGUGUGGAUGUCACCUGCCAGCCUUCGUACGACAUAUUAAAAAAGUCUAUAGCAGAACUGUGGACGUCAAUGGCACAUGUGAGGAGGCUCCAGGCAAACUAAUACCUAUACUGAAGUAUUCGCAAUGUCAAAAUUACUCGUUAUUUCAACGGAAUUUGCAGUGUCAAACAUGUUCAAAGAUGAUAUGCAAUGAUUUAGAUGUAACCAGGUGUCCAGGAUCAAUGCCAGUAUGCCGGUUCGCAUUAUCAACGAACGGUGUUACACUGAAGACUGAAAAGUCCUGCAGCACAUACAGGAAAUGUGUUCAAGCUAUGAGAGACAAUACCGCUGCAUGCGAUAAAUGGCCCAGUGGGACUACUUGUACUGGCUGUUGCUUCGGAAACUUAUGUAACAAGAAUGAUUUCGUUGGCUGGACCAAAUCCUUUGUAUUCCAUUUGACCUUUAAAAAGUUCAACGACUAUAAAAUCCCUACUGUGAACAUAUCAAGAGCUAUGCAGCAAGAGUUAUUACACGUGACGGCAAUAUUCAGAGUUGAAUAUUGUGGAUUAGUCAACACUAAAAUAAUAUAUACUAUGUACUGUAGUGUACUUAACAAAAUAUCUAAAGAUCAACUGCGGCGCAAUAUCUCUCGCGUUUUCACCCAAUCCCAGGCCUUGAAUGACAUAGAAGUUCAGCAAGGUCACAUGAAAUUGAUUGAUGAAAUGGUUUGUGAUGAAAACACAACAUCAACUAACAAUGGAACUUUCUCCUGGCCAAUGACAAAAAUAGGAACUACUGCAGAAAUCCCAUGUCAUGCAUAUGUAGCAACAAGAUACUGUUCUUCCAGAACAGUGGGGCAUCCAGAAAUGGCAUCAAGUCAAAACAUGUCAUCACAAAAGUGUUCACCGUAUAAUGGUAUCUGGAAAGAACCAGACAUGUCUCAAUGUUACAAUACAGAGUGGAUCACUCGACGACUGAAGGACAUCGCAAGAAAAAAUAUUGAUAAAGGAAAUAUCAACAAUAUUUCGAAAGAGAUCUUAGAUAUAUCGCAAAAGUCAGUGUAUUUCAAAGAAGAACAUAUUGUCUUGACUGUAGAAAUUCUUGAGAAAAUGGUGCCGCUGAUAUCGAAAGUCUACGCAAAUAUAACAGUGAGCAAUGUACUCCGUUGUAUCAACAAUUUGAUAAACAUACCAGAGGAGGUUUUGGCUGGGGCAGAAGAAGAGAAGAGAAGUGCCAACAGAUUGAUGGAUCUUAUACAAGAAAUCCCAGAAAAGAUUCCACUGGAGGAGCAGCAAGUCACAGUUUUAUAUUCUAAUCUUGGUAUUGGUGUUUCCAAAGUGAAUCCGGACACAUUCGAUGGUCUUUUCUAUGGUGUUUCCUAUGGAACUAAUGAUGCAAAAGAAAAAGCAAUGAUAAACCCCUCACCAAAUCCCGACCAACAAGAAGCAGAUGCGAAGCUAAUGGCAUCUAUUUCAUUACCAAGGAGUUUAUUAAAACAUCUGAAAGACGAAGAAAGGUCAUCCGUUUCGCGGAUAACUUUUUUCUCCAUGCGGGACGAUAAGCUAUAUAGGCUAACACAAAACUCUAGUACCAAGCAGAAUGCUAGAAUCAACAGCCACGUUCUUGCUGCCAGUGUUCCUGACAUUCCAAUGGGCAACCUUAAUGAACCGGUGAAUAUAUCAUUCAAUUUAAUACAUCAGAAUGCCCGCAACCUACAAUGUGUUUACUGGGAUGAAAGCCCAGGACUGAAUCCGCAUUGGUCCCCAAUAGGCUGUCAUAUAUCCAGACAUGAACCUGGAAAGGAAGUGGUUUGUUCCUGUGACUAUCUUACAAGUUUUGCCUUACUAGCGGAUAUCUACCAGAAUGAAGGCGAGACAGAAAAUGCCUUUUCUAUCACAUCUAACAUUGGCUCUGGAAUAUCACUUGCCUUUCUCAUUCUUACAAUAAUAAUUCAUGUUUGUUUCAGAAAUCCAUGGGAUUUAAUGAGUUCAAAGGUUUUAGUAAGCCUGUGCUCUUCUUUGGCUGUCACUAAUUUUAUCUUCCUUGUCGGGAUGCAAUCAUACGUACAAACAAUGGCUGGUUGUAAGGCAGUGGCUGCCCUCUUACAUUACUUCCUUCUGACAUCUGUCAUGUGGAUGACUGUUGAAGCUUUCCAUGUCUAUCUAAGUGUGGUCGUUGUAUUCAAAACAUGUCAGACGUGUUUUAUGAAGAGUUCUAUUUUUUCCUGGGGUCUUCCAGCAGUCAUCGUUAUAAUUACCCUGGCAAUUAACUCCACAAACAAUUACAUCAAAAUCGCAGAGGUCUGUUGGUUGUCCGCACCAUCUUUCUAUGCUGCUUUCCUGGCUCCUGUUGCGAUCAGUCUCAUCUUCAACAUUAUCAUGCCUUCUCUCGUUAUCUGGCACCUUAUAAUGAUGCACAGUAAUAAGAGAUCUGAGCAGGAAAGAAGUAAAGUACGUGUUCUGGGCCUGGUUGGUUUGCUGUUUUUGUUUGGACUCACAUUGGUCUUUGCUUUCUUUGCUGUUAGGGAAGCAGCAAAAGUGUUUGAUUAUCUUUUUACUAUAUUCAAUACACUUCAAGGAAUGUUUAUCUUCGUAUUCUAUUGUAUAUACAAGAAAGAUACAAGAAAUAUCAUCAGGGAGUUUGUAAAUGAAAGAAAGAGAAUAAAUCAAUGGAAAAUUACCGCCGGCAGAAGUUCAAGUUCUGUUAAUGAAAUAAUGGACAAAGCAACAGAAACAAACAUAUAAGUAAAAAUCGAAACAGAGCCUCCAAGAGUCAUGUUUGAUAAUAUUUUAUAUGUUAAAAUAAUAUAUUUUUCAUAUAUAUAUUAUAUUACAUAUAUUUCCUGGUAAAAAAACUAUAUCUGUACCUUCUUAUACAACACUUUGCAACCGAGAGACUGUAUAAUCUUCAAUAAAUGUAAUCUAAACAAGUUUCAUGGCCCCACUAUUGCUUGAAACAGAGGAAAAUAGAAAAUGUUAAUUGAUUUGAAAGUAUAUUAAUAUUUUUUUCUUAUU